AUGAAGGGGGAUGAAAGACAUGGUAGAGAAGUCAAUUCAGGUGUUACACAUGAAAAGAGACGGGCUAAUGAUAUUAGCGAAAAUCCUAUAUGUGAUGAGGGGCAUUUUAGGGAUUUACAUGAAACAACAAAGGAGCAAAAUUCCUUUUCUACAAACAGGUCUCCUGAUCAGCUGCAUGAGGAUGAAGUCUGCAGUGCUACUGUUUGGCAUCAGCCACUGAAGGCUGUUCAACCUCCACAACAGUGCCCGGCGGCAACUGUGUCGGUUCCAGCAGGUGCUUCGGCUAGGAAAAGCAAUCCGACAGCAGCCCCUGGCCCCUUUCCUGCAUCGGCUAUGGAAUGUCACUUUCAUGAAUCUAAUCAGGGUAGGAAGGCUAAACGUACAGAUGCUCCAAUUGGAUUUUCGGGAGGGUUUGGACGGGUUUCGGGGGUUGUUGACUCAGAAGAUGAACUGACCCACCCUCUAGGCUUUUCUAAUUGUAAUAGAUUUGUUGCUUGUUCGGAUAAUUCGUAUAAUAAGGGCUCUUUCUUAAGUGAGAUUCAAAAAACAUUAGAGAUGGGAAAGGCAAUGGGAUACAACUUGGAGGGAUGCUAUGACCGGGUAAAAGAAAUUGUUGAAGGCAACGGAGAUAAAAUGGUGUUGAGAUGA